UAAUUUGCUUCUUUGACCUGAUGCUGACAUGUCACUCGUUUCUUAUUCCUCCACUCCACACUACUAAAUCCCCAAGGCGUUGCCCUAAAACCCCGCUCUUCAAAACGGCGCGCAGCGAGUCAAAAACUUCCAAAGCAGAGUUUUACGCAAGCAUGGGUAGCCACCGCCAGCAUGGAGGAGAGCGUUCAAAUGGCGGAGCUACGGCGGUGGACAAAGGCGUCGAUUUCGCUCAAUAUUUCUGCACUUACUCCUUCCUUUAUCACCAAAAAGAAAUGCUAUCUGAUCGUGUUCGCAUGGACGCUUAUUAUAACGCCAUUGUUCGAAAUAAACACCAUUUCCAUGGCAAAGUGGUGCUGGAUGUAGGGACAGGGAGUGGAAUUCUUGCAAUAUGGUCAGCACAAGCCGGUGCAAGGAAGGUAUAUGCAGUAGAAGCAACUAAGGUUGCAGAACAUGCUCGUGUUUUAGUCAAAGCUAAUAAUGUUCAAGAUGUUGUUGAAAUUAUUGAAGGUUCUAUUGAGGAUAUUACCUUGCCUGAAAAAGUUGAUGUGAUCAUCUCAGAGUGGAUGGGAUAUUUCCUUCUUCGUGAGUCUAUGUUUGAUUCAGUCAUAUGUGCUCGUGACCGCUGGUUGAAGCCAAGUGGAAUGAUGUAUCCAAGUCAUGCUCGUAUGUGGAUGGCACCUAUUAGGUCUGGAUCGGGAGAUCAGAAAAAGGGUGACUAUAAUUUAGCAAUGGACGACUGGUUUAAUUUUGUGGAGGACACCAAAAGUGAAUAUGGUGUUGAUAUGACUGUUUUAACUCAGCCUUUUGAGCAAGAGCAAAGAAAAUACUAUCUACAGACAUCAAUGUGGCAAAACCUUUAUCCAAAUCAAGUUAUAGGGACAGCUGCAAUCAUAAAAGAGAUUGAUUGUUUGACAGCCACUGUUGAUGACAUCCUUAAUGUCAAAUCAAACUUUAUGUCAGUAAUCACUAUGGAAGGCACAAGACUCUCUGCAUUUGGGGGAUGGUUUGAUGUUCACUUUAAAGGAAGAGGUGAUGAUCCAGCUCAGCAAGAGAUUGAGUUAACAACUGCUCCUAGUACAGAUAACGGCACACAUUGGGGCCAGCAGGUUUUCGUUGUGCAUCCUCCCAUUCACACCAAUGUAGGGGACAAUUUGAAUGUAUCUUUCACAAUGUCCCGUUCAAAAGAAAAUCAUAGAUUGAUGGAGGUUGAGCUCGGCUGUGAUGUCAUUAGUAAGUCGUCUGACAAACCUCCUCCACCGUUCAAACAUAAAUUCUACAUAGAGUAAGGAAGGAAACAGCUAAUAUUUUUGAAGUUAUUACUAGCAGAGGUAUACCGUGUAAGUUCUUCUGUUGUAACAAUUAGCUAAAAGAUAAUGAUAUUUAUGCUGACAUACUAAAUUGCCGUUAUUCUGGUCAUUCAGUUUGCUUUAUCUUGAGCAUACGUAGAGUGCAUAAUGUCAACCGAAUGUAACCAUAAUUUUCCAUUGGCUGUUCCUAAACUUUUGUUUUCUUAUAAUGCAAAAAUUUAUUUGUCUGA